CUGUUGAGAAAUGAUAAUAAAACCCAAAAAUUGGUUGGAGCACGUCUUGUGAGAAUCUUCCAAUUCACAAACAAUAUCCUAAUAAGACAAGUCAGCACAGAGACACAUAGAUUGGAGACUGUAAAAGACCUGUGCUGAUUGGAUAAUGGAGUGAUGAAAAACAUUAAUACAAUCGACCUUAAAUUUGUUGGGGACUGAAGAUUAAUUUUUUAUUGUAUGCGUUUGUUGGUUUUAUUUGCUAUACUAAUAAAAUAGAGCAACAAAUUCCAAUAUUCAGUAUCCGUGCUCUCUGUCUUCCACUCUUUUCUUUUGUUUUCUGGAUAGAAAAACUGACAUGGUUAAAAUGUUCAGGCGCCCAUUAUUGUGAGAACUCACAAGGGCAUUUCUGAAAGUUCUAUUCGUCAAUCAGAUGUUGAAUCUGAGUAGCAGACGUUUAUCUGCUCAGUGUGUUCCUUGAAGCUGUCAUAGCCUCAUAUCAAAGUCGCACCGUUGAAGGCUAUUUCCUCUUUAUUUAAUAAGUUUGGGACCGGGUUCCAUGGAAGCAAAAGUUAUCUCCAGCGGAAUCCGGUACUCAAGCCUUCCCAGUAGUUAUAUCCGCCCAGAAUCUGAAAGACCAAAACUAUCUGAAGUUGCUGACUGCGAGAAUGUUCCUGUAAUUGACUUGGGUUGUGGAAAUAGAAGUCUAAUAAUCAAACAAAUUGGCGAUGCCUGUCAUGAGUUUGGCUUCUUCCAGGUGAUCAAUCAUGGAAUAUCGAAGGAGUCAAUGGAGAAAAUAUUAGCGGUCGCUCAUGAAUUCUUUAGUUUACCAGUGGAAGAGAAAAUGAAGUUGUACUCUGAUGACCCAUCAAAAACUAUGAGGUUAUCUACAAGUUUUAACGUUAAGAAGGAGACUGUUCACAAUUGGAGAGAUUAUCUCAGGCUUCACUGUUAUCCAUUGGAGAAAUACGUGCCUGAGUGGCCUUCUGUUCCCCCUUCUUUCAAGGAUAUUGCAAGCAAUUACUGCAGGGAAGUUCGACAACUUGGAUUCAGAUUGCAGGAAGCCAUAUCUGAGAGCCUAGGAUUAGAUCUAGACAACCUAAAGAAUGUAUUAGGAGAACAAGGGCAACAUAUGGCAGUUAACUUUUAUCCAGCAUGCCCCGAACCAGAAUUGACUUAUGGAUUACCGGCACAUACAGAUCCGAAUGCCCUCACAAUUCUACUUCAAGAUUCACGAGUAGCAGGCCUUCAGGUUCUUAAGGAUGGCAAAUGGUUAUCAGUAAAACCCCACCCGGAUGCUUUUGUCAUCAAUAUUGGUGAUCAACUCCAGGCGCUGAGUAAUGGCAAGUACAAAAGUGUUUGGCAUCGAGCUGUGGUGAAUGCUGAUAAAGCAAGAAUGUCAGUGGCUUCGUUUCUCUGUCCGUGUGAUAGUGCAGUAAUAAGUACUCCAAAAGCUCUUACGAGGGACGGAUCUCCAACCAUUUACAAAAAUUUCACAUAUGCAGAGUAUUACAAGAAGUUCUGGAGCCGCAAUUUGGAUCAGGAACACUGUUUGGAACUGUUCAAGAACUAGUACUUCUUUUCGAUCUCCAUUGGACAAGAUUACGUAGUGGAAUAAGUAGUAGUUAUCAUUACUUGAUUUUGUCAAUUAUUUCUCUUAAUGUUUGUACCAUUUGUCUCUGCAGUCCGUAUGAUUGAAGCUGCAGUUGUUUAGCAGAAGAGUUGCAGGUUUCAUGUCUACAUUUUUUCUUAAAUUUUACCAGGUGUAGCAAGUGGCUGUUCAUUUCAUUAAUGGUGUGUGUUUCAAUCCCUUUCAUUUUGAAAAAUGUAUGAUGUAGUAGAUUGAUGAAAACGUAUGAUUAAAAAGAAGAAAAAGUUUUU